AACAUUGAUGAUCAUCUAAAAAUAAAGAAUUGCAAAGAAAGAAUAAUAAAUCAAAAACUAAAUCAUAUGAUUGCCUCCUUUCUUUUUAUGCAAAAAUAAUUAAUAAAAAGAAUACGAAAGAUACACCAUCAGUUACUUUUUUUGUCAAUUCAUAGCAGGCUAGUGGUACAACUUACUUGCAUACUUUUUACAUAAACUGUGUCGAAUAUAUAAUCUAGUAAUUUAAAAUUUGUCAUUGACAAAUAAUUGACAUAUCGAACAUUUCUACACAUUAGCAUGUUAUGAAUUGAGAAAAAUAGCAACCGAUGGUGUAUCUUUUGUUCUUUUUACUAAUAAUAUUUCCAUAAGAAGGAAGGAGGCAAUCAUAUGAUUACAGAUUUUAUUUUAUCAUUCCUUCUAUGUAAUUCCUUGUCGUUAGAUGAUCAUUGAACAUCGAUGAUUAUCGAACGUAUCUAUAUUGAAAAUAUUUUUAUUUUUGUUUAUUUUAAUUUUAUAUUAUACCUAUUCCCUAAUCUAUUUAUAUAAAUUGUAAUCUCAAAAUGAUUAAUAUUUUUAAUUUCCUGAAUAAACAUAGAGCCUCCAUACCCAGGAUUUGUAAAUACUCUAAUCAUAUUGUGCAAAGGAUUUUUAUUGGUGAAAUAGAUAGAUUUAAAGGAAUUACUGUUGAUUCUCACAAGGAGAAAUGUCAUCAACAGAACUUUGCUGAAAAGCUGCAUGAAUCAUUAACAAAAUGGAAAACAGAAAAAAUAAGAUGUGUAUGGUUUAAGGUUAACAUUGAUGAUUCUUACCAAGUACCUAUAUUAGCAAAUAAAGGCUUUACUUUUCAUCAUGCCAGAGAUGAUUUUGUAAUGAUGUACAAAUGGCUGCCAGCUGACUCUAAACCAAAUCUGCCACCAGCAGCACAUACUAACUUAGGUGUGGGUGCAAUGGUUUUCAAUGAUAAUGGCCAGAUUCUUGCUAUAUCAGAGAAACAUUAUGAAUAUCCACAUUGGAAGCUCCCGGGUGGCUAUGUUGAAAGAGGAGAAGACAUUGCGAAGGCAGCUGUAAGGGAAGUGAAAGAGGAAACUGGCGUGGAAGCAGCUUUUAUAUCUUUGGUUACAUUUAGACACACACAUAAUAUGAUGUUUGGCAACUCUGAUAUUUAUAUGCUGUUAAUGAUGAGGGCACUCUCGGACAAAAUAGUUAUUUCUCCAAGAGAAGUUAAGGAUUGCAAAUGGAUGGAUGUAUCAGAAUAUACUAAUCAUCCACAUGUACAUGAAUUUAAUAGAUUGAUUGUGAAAAAAGCUCUCCAAUAUAAGAAUAAAAAUUUAAAACUUGAUUUACAAAAAAAGACUGUAAAAUGGCCGACAGCUGUUAGAGAUAUGACUUUUCUAUUAGUAGAAGAUUAUGAUUAACCAUUGAUGACUGGGAAGUAUGUGAAUUUCAAGAAAUAGUUAUUGUAGACAAAUAUGAAAAUGAAAGAAUGUAAAUAGCACAUAAUAUAAUAGUGUAAAUAUUAGAUUACAUAAUAGUUAAAUACAAACAUUUCCUAUUAUAUUAGUUUUUGUACAAUCAUAAAGCUAAGUAUUAUGUAAAGAUACAAAGCUGACAAUAUACAAGUAAUAUAUAAAAUAA